AUGGGGCACCCGCCGCCAGCCUCCGAGAGCGACGCGCUGCUGCGUGGCACCACAGUUGAGCAGCUCACCAAGGCGCGUUACAGACCACACAGAGGUCGUAGACGUGCGACGCGCUUCUUAUCCCUCUUCAGCUGCUUCCAAGUCCUCGUAACAGGCCCGUGCUCUGGUCUCGGCGUGGCUAUUGCUGGUCUUUUAGUACUCGUGGGUGUGGCCUGCUCCACCAUCGCUUUGGUGGGCACCUACAGUGCCGACGAGUAUUUGUUUCUAGGAGCCAUCGCCUCUGCAUCGUUCACUCUGGUUAUUAUCGUCUCAUUCCUCACCAGUCCAGCAGUACGAGCACAUCCGAACCCGCUGAUUUUCAGUAAAAGUCUGGUGGAUUUAUUGUUGGCCUUGAUAUAUGUGGCCGAGUACUGUAUCACCGAGUUCUCGGACUCGGUGGCUCUACCAUUCCGCAUCGCUGCAAUCACACAAGCGCUGCUUAUCGCUGGGGAGUUCUGGUUCUUCGCUAUCCCCAUCGACAUGGUACAGUCCAUCACGAACCCCUUCACGUCGUACGCCCAUAAUUUCAGGGUCUAUUGGUUUUAUUCAGUGCUCAGCGGUAUCGUCUGUGGCCUGAUACUGUGGUCUCUCGGCGACGCGCAGGCAGCAUGCCUCAAGACGGGCGAUACUAACCCGGACUGCGAGAAAGUGCUCGAUGUCAAUGAACAGCGCUUCAUCUGGUUCCACCAUAACACGGACAUGCCGGGCUUCUUCUGGCAUCAAUGGAUCCUCUACCACAUGUGCGUCGUGGUGUAUCUACUCUUCGGUCUUGCGUGUAUGGUCUACGUCCGAAGCCGACUUCGUCGAGGACUGGAGGAGACGUUUGAAGUGCGACGGCGAGUGCUGUCGAAUGGAAUGCUCACGUGUGCGGUGUUUAUUUCGUGGUCAUUUCUAAUGAUCUGUCUGUUUGCGAUGACCAAUUCUGUGACUGUGAAAGCGGUGCUGGGGAAGACGCUGUUCCGCGAACUCAUCGACUUGAGCGCGUUCAUGCACGCUUCACGAGGCUGCGUCAACAUUAUCGUCUGGAUUGUGGUCAAUGCGCCGUAUUUCCCUUCGUUUUACGCAGAAGACUCAGCCGACACGACGAUACAGUCUCCGUUCGGAAAUGGCGUGCUAACUCACGGACCUUUUUCGCCUGCUGGGGACAGCUCUGGAUGCACUGAAGCUAGCGAGAUUCUGCGUGAGAAUUCUCACAAACACGAAGAGAAACUGAUGAAUCCGCAGCUGAAUGUGGCGUUAAGGAAGCAGAUGAUUCACAUGGCGACGAACGGGAUCAUUGAGUCCGUCCAGCACCACCAUCGAAUGCGACGCGAAAACGGGAACAAUCACACGUUCCAACUGGACUGGCAACGGUCUCCUCAGCGACGUAUUAGGCAGUUGGUGUCGUUAUCCUCGACCGGCGAUGUGGGCUCGCAGACGAUUCCUCCGAGGUCAAUGCCGAUUCUCCGCGCGAUGAGGAACUCGACGAUUCGAGUCGUGGAGGAGCCACGGGACAACCCGAGCAACAUGACGUUCACGUUCAUGCCGAUGGCUUUGACCGAGAUGCAGUUCUACGACUUUCAGCCGCGUGUAUUCGCGUCGAUUCGACAGCUUUAUGGAGUGAAUGACGCUGAGUACAUCUUCGCAUUCCGCUCGACUAUCAACGAACGUAUGAGCGAAGGUCGAAGUGGAGCGUUUGUCUUCAACACGUGCGACCGCAAGUAUCUGGUGAAGAGCACAACUUCGAAGGAAAAGAAUGUACUGCUGCGCUUGCUACCGACGUAUCUGCGCUAUCUCAAGUGGAAUCCUGGCACGUUGUUGCCUCGCUUUUUCGGGUUCCAUGCGAUGAAGAUGUACGGCCAGAUCUUCUACUUUAUCGUGAUGGGGAAUGUGUUAAGCACUACAGAAGUGAUCCACCGUAGAUACGAUAUCAAGGGAUCGUGGGUUGAUCGCAAUGCACCCGCUUGUGUCUUGGGAGAGAAGUACCGUUGCUCGAAAUGCAACCGGUUCUUCACCUUUGGAGGUGCACCUUUUGAACCGUGUUUCUUACCGGAUGAAGAGCAUUACCCUGACAUCACGCUACGAGACAAUGAUUUGAAGAAGCGGCUUAAGUUGGACACAGACACGGCAGUCAAGCUCGUGAAGCAACUGACUCGUGACAGUAACUAUCUCGCUAGUGCCGGUAUCAUGGACUACAGUCUUCUCAUUGGCACACACUACUCGCAUUUCACUAUCACGACCGAGUACAAGCGUGGCAUUUCUCGUCGAAAGUCAGUGGAACUCACCGCGUAUUGCUCGGAUAGUCACGAACCGAAGCCUGACAUGGAUCUGCUCCCUCAUUUCAACGAGAAUCGCCGCUCUAGCUUAGACGACGUUGUGCCGGAAGGAACGAGACCCUCCGAGUCUUCUGAUCUUUCGUAUGGAGGACGCUCGUCUGAUCUGUCGCAGGGACCAUCACAUCCCGUGGAGCGACCAGUGUAUCCUCAGACCCACGCAUACCACGCACAUCAAGUCUCUGGCCCUAGUAAGUACUAUUUCGGCCUGGUCGACAUCUUACAGGAGUGGACAGUUGCGAAGCAGGCUGAGCGUGCCUACAAAGUGCGUGUAUUACGAAAAUCGCGUAAAGGGGUCUCUGCGAUCCCGCCCAAGCCGUAUGCUCGACGCUUCCAGCGGAAAAUGAAGCAGCUUUUCAUCACGAUGCCGACACAUCCGCUCGAGUCGAACGAUGAAGAUGCGCUCGGUGAGAUUCCGGCGCAUCAAGUGUGA